UGUUGCGUUUAGUCAGAGGCCAUCUUCAGUUCCAAAAUAAACGAGAACAGUGCUGUGAGUUAGGCUAUCAAAGUUACAUUUUUACAUUGCCCGGGCAACAAUUUAUUAUAGAAACGGAAAUAAGUUAAACCUAUUUCCAUUUCUUUUCGACGAAGAACAAAAACAAAUCUACGCGCCGUUUCGAUCGGUCAAACAAAGCUCCAACGCCUCUUUCUGUCAUGGCUAGAAGAGGAUCAGCUGAAAGAUGGUGGUUGGCAAUGGGUGUCCUAAUGAUGGUGUUCGCUUAUUGCCGAGCUUCUGCAGCUGAGGUGCCAACUGAUGAUGACGAAAUAAUGGCCCGCCAAACGCGAGGACUCGUUCUCCGCUCCUGGAGAAAUUCUCAGCAGCAAGCGGAACAAUCAUCCGAUAAGAAUCCGGCGACAAAAGUUGCAGAUCCGAUCCUACCGAUGCCAAAAGAAGCUAUAGUCUUUUCUGGACUUCCAAUCUCGAUGAAACUAGUUCUCCUUCAGCGUUUGGCCGGUUAUGACAAGCGAACACCCAAUAGCAGGGCUUUUCUCGGAAUGCGAGGUAAGAAAAACUCGUCGUUGCAAGACAAUGUGCAGAAAGUAGAAGAUGACAAUCAGCUCGGCAUGGAAGGAUCAUCCGAAGGGGACAAGAUCGCCGAGCUGGAGUUUUACGGCCUCGUGCCUGAAAAAAGAAAGAUACACGGUGAGAAGUUUCUCGGUAUGAGAGGCAAAAAGAUGGUCAACGGUUUAGCCGCUGGAACAGCUUUCAUCCCCAACUGGCGUGAACGGUACGUUUACCAACAACCGUUCCAGAAAAAAAGGGAACCAUCGUCAAACUCGUUUAUGGGAAUGAGGGGAAAACGAUCUGAGGCGGUCAUUCCUCCUGUUGUUUUCUUCAACGAAGACGAGCAACCGAUCGCUGACUUUCAGAUUUCCCAUCGUCUUUUCCAAGAGAGGUUCAAAUCAAAAUAACACAAUUGAGAAUAAACAAAAUAAAACCCAAGACAAAAAAUAAUAUGAAUGAGACUCGAUGGUAAUAAGAGGAGAACUUAAGAUAAUGGAAUUUUGGAAGUUGAAAACAAUUUGAAGACGACGGCGAGUACGUCCCAUUGCUUAAUUAAUGUUCAGUAUCCCAUGUAACAUUCGACGUAAACAUGCCUAAAUAGCUACACCUUUUCACCCGUACUAACCAAUCAAAUAUUCCCCUCCCUACCUCUGACCCACUCCUACCCUAACCAAAAUUAAAUACUAUCCCAAGAAUUUACAAAUAAAAUGAUUAAUAAAAACAUAAAUGAGUGUAGCUCUAUAUUAGCGGACAAUGUCAACAGAAAAUAUAAAAACCAGUCAAUCUGUC